GCUGCCAAUUAAAAGCGCCAAAAAUGUUUUUGAAGACACAGCAUAUUUUUCAACGGGCAUUUAAUUACAUUAAAUGGCUUUUCAUGCUCUACGAAAUGAAUACACAAAUUUCGAUAUGUGAGCCCUGGGAGCGAGUGUUCUCGCAUAUUCUACUUCUACUUUGCGCUUCAAUUGUCAUACUUGGCGUAAUUUAUGUGCUUUCAUUAACGAGAAUGCUGUUAAAUGCAUUAACCGGUACGUUGGUGCAGGACUCAUAUGGACUACUUGUGGAAAGUUUUAUUUAAAGAAAAAUAUGCCACAGGUUAUAUGUAGCUUUAAACAAUAGGUCUAAUUUGAAUUAAAUGUAUGUAUGUAAUUGUAUCAGAUAUACUUUUUUUUAUAUGUGCAUAUAUUUGUAUGUAUU